UAUGGCAGGGCAGCGGUGCUGUCGGUAAGCGUAUGGUCCGGUCAUUAGCAGCAAGUAUUCCCGCACCGACCACCAUCCCCUCCCUCCCUCCCCCUCCUCCAGAUCCCGUCCUGAUAGCGGCCCGCAGACACGCAGCUUGCAUCUGAUCAUCAAAGCAGAACAGCCGGACUUCCACUUAUAUCAGGGGGGAAGACAUGCAACGUGGAGCGGGGGUCUAGGCGGAGUACGAUGCCUUAGACUUAAAGAGAGCAAGCCUGGCACAAGAUGGAGGUAAACAGCGUUAGUAGUGAGGUCAAUGGACAUCAGAUGAUGGACGAGCCCAUGGAGGAGGGAGAGUCUUUCACACACUGUGAUGAAGGGACAUAUAAGGAGAUUCCUAUCACCCACCAUGUGAAAGAGGGCUGUGAAAAAGCUGAUCCAUCUCAGUUCGAACUGCUCAAAGUCCUCGGCCAGGGUUCUUUUGGCAAGGUGUUUCUUGUCAGGAAGAUCAUGGGUCCAGAUGCUGGUCAGUUAUAUGCAAUGAAAGUUCUAAAAAAGGCAUCUUUGAAAGUCAGGGACAGAGUUCGCACUAAGAUGGAAAGAGACAUUUUAGUGGAGGUCAAUCAUCCCUUCAUAGUGAAAUUGCACUACGCCUUUCAGACAGAAGGGAAACUGUAUUUAAUACUGGACUUUCUCAGGGGAGGGGAUGUAUUCACUCGUUUAUCCAAAGAGGUUAUGUUUACAGAGGAAGAUGUGAAAUUCUACCUUGCAGAGCUGGCCCUGGCCCUCGACCAUCUGCACACCCUGGGCAUAGUUUACAGAGAUCUCAAGCCAGAGAACAUCUUACUUGAUGAAGCUGGACACAUAAAGUUAACAGACUUUGGCCUGAGCAAAGAGUCAGUAGAUGCUGAUAAGAAGGCUUAUUCCUUCUGUGGUACGGUGGAGUAUAUGGCCCCUGAGGUGGUCAACAGGAGAGGACACACGCAGAGUGCAGACUGGUGGUCUCUGGGAGUACUUAUGUUUGAGAUGCUAACGGGGACAUUACCAUUCCAAGGGAAAGACCGCAAUGAGACCAUGAACAUGAUUCUCAAAGCUAAGUUAGGAAUGCCUCAGUUCCUCAGUUUGGAGGCCCAGAGUUUGCUGAGAAUGCUGUUUAAACGUAACCCCGCUAACAGACUAGGGGCCGGGCCCGAUGGAGUGGAGGAGAUCAAACGACAUGCUUUCUUUUCCACCAUCGACUGGAAUAAACUGUUCAGGAGAGAGCUUCAGCCCCCAUUCAAGCCUGCAGCAGGUAAACCAGAUGACACAUUCUGCUUUGACCCAGAGUUCACCGCUAAAACGCCUAAAGACUCCCCAGGUAUCCCUCCCAGUGCUAACGCCCACCAGCUCUUCAAAGGCUUCAGUUUUGUUGCUCCAACCCCCAUGGAUGAUAACAAGAGCUCCCCGCUGCUCAGCAUACUUCCAAUAGUUCAGAUGCACGGGGGGUCAGCCAAGUUCUCUGAUCUGUACGAGCUGCAGGAGGACAUAGGGGUCGGUUCCUACUCCAUUUGUAAACGCUGUGUGCACAGAGUCUCUGCCGUGGACUACGCUGUGAAGAUUAUAGACAAAAGUAAGAGGGACCCCUCUGAAGAGAUCGAAAUCCUGAUGCGAUACGGACAGCAUCCCAACAUCAUCACUCUGAAAGACGUGUAUGAUGAGGGCAGGUACGUUUACGUGGUGACGGAGCUAAUGAAGGGAGGGGAGCUGCUGGAUAAGAUCCUCAGGCAGAAGUUUUUCUCUGAGCGAGAGGCCAGCGCUGUGCUCUACACCAUCACCAAGACUGUUGACUACCUCCACUGCCAAGGGGUGGUACACAGAGACCUAAAGCCCAGCAACAUCCUGUAUAUGGACGACUCGGGGAAUCCUGACUCCAUCAGAAUCUGUGACUUUGGAUUUGCUAAGCAGCUUCGAGGGGGCAACGGCCUGCUCCUCACACCCUGUUACACUGCCAACUUUGUGGCACCAGAGGUACUAAUGCGGCAAGGUUAUGACGCAGCCUGUGAUAUAUGGAGUCUUGGAGUUCUACUGUAUACAAUGCUGGCAGGGUACACGCCGUUUGCUAACGGGCCAAACGACACACCAGAGGAGAUUCUACUUCGAAUAGGGUCCGGAAAGUUCUCUUUGACAGGCGGCAACUGGGAUACUGUUUCAGACACCUCAAAGGACCUGCUGUCUCAUAUGCUCCAUGUGGACCCUCACCAGCGAUACACAGCUGAGCAGGUUCUAAAGCAUUCCUGGAUUACCUGCAGAGAUACGUUACCACACUUCCAGCUCACACGCCAUGACGCACCGCACCUCGUUAAGGGAGCCAUGGCUGCCACCUAUUCAGCACUGAGCCAGAAGACGAGUCAGCCGGUGUUGGAGCCCGUGGCAGCGUCCAGUCUAGCCCAGAGACGCAGCAUGAAGAAACUCACCUCAACAGACAUGUAGACAAACACACUGCUCGCCCUCCGGUUUUGACCUCACUCUGUCGGACUCUCAUACACAAACACAGACCGAAGUCCUGGCCAGUCAAACCCACUGUCUCCCUUUUUAAUCUAUUUAUUUUUUGACACACCUGGCAUACGCACUCAUACACACCUACAUACGCACACACACACACACACACACACACACACACACACACACACACACACACACACACACACACACACACACACACACACACUGGACAUGGUUGGAUUGUGAAGAAGUCAGCUGAAGAUGAAGAGGGGAAACUCACAUAUCUGUUACUGCUGGGGAGACAGACUUGUAUUUAUUUCCACAGCUUUCAUAUGCACUUACCCUCCUCGCCUUUCAUUCUUUCUUCCUCGGGAAGAAUCGCACCAGCUGAUGUUCUCCUUCACUGUGAUUGGCUGAUUCAAAGCUGCUUCGGUAAACUGUGCCCCCCCCACUGCUCUUCAUCUGCGCCUCGCCACCCUCUCCUCCUCAGUUCUCUCUCUCUCCUUCCCUGUUUUUGCUUUCGCUCUCUAAACUUCUUUCCUUCAAAGUGAAGUAAUGGUUUAUGUGCGAGAGUAUUGGUAAGAUGAUAUUGACUGAGGGACAAUGUCAGACUGUUUUCUUUCCGAUUCUCUUAAAAACAAACGAAUAAUUAAAUUUAAAAAAAGACUCUGCUCAUGGCGGAUUAAAGAGUCCCUGAGGAUCAAAAUCAUCUACCAGCACUUUUGGUAACAUAAAUGCAUGUGUGGACAGAACCUGUAUUUCUUUUCCCUUUUAUAAUUCACCAUCUGACUCAUGUUACUUUGUGAUGCUAACAGUGUAUCAAAAGAGGUAAAAAGCUGCAGAUGGACAAAAGAUAAGGUCUAGAGUUGGAAGGUGAAACAAUGUGGUAACGAUAACAGAAUUUCUAGUUUGCAAAAAAAAAAAGAAUAUAUAAAUAUAUAUAUAGUAUAUCUAUAUAAUGAAGAUAUUGAAGAUGAAGAGCAUGUGGGGGAGCUGUAGGGAUUUCUCUGGGGGGGACGGGACGCACCCCGUUGAACCAGAGAGGCUGAAUUAAAAAAAAACACAAAAAAAAACAUUUCCAUGGAUAUCUCUUCAAAAAGACAUUGUGGAAAUUAAAUUGUAUGAUAUUGUAUUUAUUUCAUUUGAUUUUUAAGAUUCUAUUUUUCUUUCAAGUUCUGUAUAUAUUGACAUUAAAGAUCAUUAUUGA